CAAGUAGGCCGGCGCGGUGCGGCUAGGGCAUUCUGAGGGCUUUCAUAGCGCAAAGAAGCAAGCAAGUAUCGCUGCACUGACUCUCAGUCCACAGCCGGUGGACCUCACCAUCAAUUAGGCCGCGGGAAGUCUCCUGCAAGGUCUUGCUGCAACCGGCCCACAGAGUGCAGCGACACAGCGACACAGCGACACGAUGCUGCACAACGCCCGGCACGCCUACGCCACCCUCACGCUCUGCGCGCUGACACUGGGCUUCGCCCCGCGACCGCGCACGGCGCGCUGCACACGGCUGAGGCUCUCGCCGGACCGUGAGGAGCUGCGCAAGCUUAGAGUGAAAGAGCUCCAGGCGGAGUUGGGGAAGAGGAACAUACGCUGGCAGAACUUCCUCGAGAAGGAAGAGCUCGUCGUGGCGCUGAGCGAGGCGUUGGAAGCGGCCGCGAACUUCAGCGGCUCGGGCGCGAUGACGCCGGGCCUUGUCGCGGAGCUGACGGCGGAGCAGGUCGAGCUGGAGCUGCAGCACGACGGCGCGCCCCUGUUAUUGGACGUCUACGCGACGUGGUGCGGGCCCUGCCAGCUCAUGGCCCCGGAGCUGCGCAAGGCCGCGGCGGAGCUGGGCGCGAACGCGCGCGUCGGCAAGCUCGACUCGGACGCCUAUCCGAAGCUCGCCGAGACGCUGCGCGUGGGGGGGCUGCCGACGAUCAUCGCGUUCCGCGGUGGGCGAGAAUCGACGCGCGUCGAGGGCGCCAUCAUGGCCGGCGACCUCGUGCGCAUGGUGUCCUAAAGUAGUAG